CACAAGUGUUGUUGCGGUUAAAUAACAAAUGAUCUAAUUCAGUGCUGUGAUAUGUUGACUCUUCAGACACAUGAACUCCAGGUCUUGUCAGGGGAUGUUUUUUUUGUCUGUGUAAACAGACAGGUGAGAUUUGAGCGCAUCCAGCCGGUUCAUCACCAGGAAGUGCAGUGCGCGUUCCCGAUCCUCACUACACGAGCAGACAGUUGUCGCGCGCCCGCGCUUGAAUACCGGCUUCAGCCGGUAUAAAAUCUUCCAAGCUUCAGUGAGAGGAAACUGAGACAGAGAGCUGGCAGAUAACACUUAGUCUAGUUAUAAUAUCAGUAUUUACAAAGUGUUAGUGUAGUCAAACAUAAACUAGAAAGCGAUAUAUUUGAACAGGGUCGUUUUCCAAAUAUCACCCGCGCGCGCUCUCCUCAGAAGUGAUUGCGGAUGCUCCGAGCAGGAACGAUGUUCUCCAGUUAACACCAAAACUAAGAAGCCAGCUAAAGCUAGCUCUACUGGUUUUUUGUUUUCUUUCAAAUACCCGAGUUCCCACGGUUUCUUCAGCGUUUCGAAACAUCAGUGUCCAUCAUGACAGGAAUAAUGUCUGCCCUGCAGGCCUGCACAAGGCCCAAUGUGUACGAUGAGGUGCCUGAUGGAGGCUGGGGCUGGAUGGUGGCUGCCGCCUUCUUCUUCGUGGAGGUUUUUACCUAUGGCAUUAUCAAGAUUUUUGGGAUCUUCCUCCAGGACCUCAUGACAGACUUUAAUGAAACCAACAGCAGAGUGUCUUGGGUUGUCUCCAUCUGUGUCUUUGUCAUGGCCUUCACAGCUCCUCUUUCCAUGGUGAUGAGUAACCGCUUUGGCUAUCGGCCUGUCGUCAUGCUCGGUGGUCUGCUGAUCAGCCUGGGUACAAUCACAACAGCCCUCACCAACUCCAUCAUUGAGAUGUACAUUACCAUGGGAAUCAUUGCAGGCCUGGGUUACUGCCUUACCUUCCUGCCUACAGUUACCAUCCUGUCGCAGUACUUCAGCAAGCGCCGUUCCCUCGUCACAUCCAUAGCCUCCACAGGAGAAUGCUUCUCCCUGCUAGCACUUGCUCCAGCUAUGAAUGCAAUGAAGGAGCAUAUCGGCUGGCGCAACUGCUUGAUCAUGAUUGGGGUUAUGCAGGCCUCAAUUAUCAUCGUUGGGGCUCUGCUAAAGCCAAUAGUCAUUAAACCCAAACCCGCCGCCCCAGAGGGUUCCACAUCCCUCCUUAAAGAACCUGAAUCCAAAUAUGACCAGGAGAAUGAAUUCACACGGACCUCUUUCGGCUCUGUGGACUCAGGGGUCCAAUCCGUCACCUCUUCCCAGAUCAACCUGUCCGAGGGCCAGGAAUCUACAGAACAGAACUCUGCAGAGAAAAAAGCACUUAAGGAAAAUGAGGAAGAAGAAAACAAGCAACCAGUGCUGCCUGAGACCCCCCUCAAACAGGAACGAGAAUACUCGAGCGCCUCUAGGCCCAAGUUGUUGGACUUCUCUGUGCUUAGAGACACCAGCUUCAACUGCUACGCACUGUUUGGCCUGUUCGCCACUCUGGGCUUCUUCGCUCCGCAGCUCUACGUCAUUCAGCUAAGCGUGAGCCGAGGAGUGUCACGUGACCGUGCCACCUACAUGCUCUCGGCCAUGGCUGUGGCUGAGAUUCUAGGUCGUCUGUCCAUGGGUUGGGUCCUCAAUCGCAGGCCCAUCCGCAAAAUCUACAUUCUGCUGAUUUGCACGGUGCUGCUCUGUCCAGUGCUGGUCAUCUUCACUUUUGUCACCGAGUUCUGGGGGCUCAUGUCCUGCUCCUGUUUCUAUGGCUUUCUGCUGGGCACCGUGGCCUCCAGUCACAUCCCAAUGCUGGCUGAAGAUGACGUGAUCGGCAUUCAGAGAAUGUCAUCAGCUGUUGGCGUCUAUGUCUGUAUCCAGAGCUUUGCAGGACUGGCCGGUCCACCUUUAGGAGGUUUUCUGGUAGACAUGACUGACAAUUACGGAUCAGCCUUUUACUCCUGUGCGGCUGGGAUGGGAGUCGGUGCUCUGUUUCUUGGGCUGGUGCGUCCAGCCAAAUCCGGCCUUUGCCUUUGGAGGAGGAGAAAUGACCAGCAAACAACAGACAGAGACUCCAGCUCACAGGGUAGUGAUUAUGACUUUGUAGAAAUGGACAUGAAGAUUGACAACGGUCCUGCAAAGAGCAAACCUUGGCCAGUAUGAAUACCGCCUCACCUCAAGAGUAAACGCACUUCUCCUUCACUUGAAUGAUAAUCCCAAAGGCUGCCGUACACAAACCCUGUGCCAACAGGGUAAAAUAGUCACAAAUCUAACUUUAAGGCAAUUUAAGAAGCAUUUUUUUCAUUGCACUUUUGCUGACCACUCAAUCAUAAUCCCCAAAACACGUUUACAUUCCUUGUCAUUAUUUAUUGAAAGGAAACAAGAGUUUUGAGGUUCCUUUCCUGUCAUAUUGUAUACUAUGUACUAGACUCCUCCACAGACAGACACACUUUUAGAGAGGACAGGAAUUAUACCUAUUAGGCAUUCAGUUCUAUACCUCUCAUUUACCAAAGUCUUAGAGUGAAAUGCAACUUCACUCUUUAUUUCAUAAUUAUGUUGUCCACAAACCAUCAUACCACUUUUAGUUCUGGCUUUAACAUCUAAAAAUGAAACCUCAGGCUGUUUUGCUGCUUCGAGUGAGGCCAUGAUGUUUAUGUAUAUUGCAUUAGGUUGCAUAAGCCUCAUUCAGAGAUGAAGGUGAGACAGGUACAGAGCUGUGUAGUGUUUCAGGGUUAUACGUCAUUCGCUUGUCUAUAGAUAACGGGUCUGUGUUCAGUGGUUUAAUAUUUAACUAGUAUUGCUAUUGUAAAUGGAAAGUAAGAUGGCAACAUCUCAGCUUAGAUGUUAAUGUAGCUCUGAUGAUAAUGCAAGACUUGGACUACUUGGUCUUCCAUCAAGAGUAACCCAUCAUCAGUCAGAACAUGUUGAAUGAGGGACGAGUUACGCUGACCAAACUUCAAAGGCCUCUGAAUUUCUGCUCAGAUAUGUAGGCUGCCUAGAAACACAUUCAAGAGUUUCUUAUGAAAAAUGACGGCUGUAGAAUGUAGUUAUCGCUGUAGUUUGGAGUGCGCCGUCUGUGCCUUGUCAAAGAAUUCUGCGGAAUUACGCAGAGCUUGUGACUUCAAACAGGAAGCUAAAAGGGGCCAUUCACAUAGCACCAGACGCAGUGUUUCCAAAUACGUUUUUAAAAAGUCGUCCCGACCUCUGCACAUUUAUGUAAAAACAACAGCAUUGUAGAACGCAAAAAAAUCGUGAGAUUUGGCAUAGACAAAUGGAAAUGAAUGCAUAAACCAUGAGUCUUGAGAUGCAUUAAAUAGUUGAAAUUCUGUUAAAUUGACACGGUGCACGGACCGAGUCUCCAGACGCGUAUAACUUCUAUAAAAACAACUGUAUGUACGUUUUAUUUUUAAACCUUGAAAUAUCAGCUUCAAGAUCAUUCCGAUGGUACCCUGACUUCUAAUAAGGCGAAUGACUUCUUUUUCUUUCCCACGCCUCCUCCCAAACGUCGGUUCUGGGUGUCUGCAAGUUUCCGCGAAAAGGGUGGAUUGCUUUACGGCUGCAACAAAUGCAGGUGUACAGCUAUCCACUGCUAUUAUUACAGACUGAUAUAUUUACAGUAGUGAAUUUCACUCACUUAACUGCAGGGGGCCUCCAAAGUCGCAGUAAUAUACAAAACUACAUACAGUUGCUUUAACUUAUUUUUUUUUUUAAUUAAUGCGGUUAAAGAGGUCCGUAAAAAGUAGCGCAAUAAAACGUGUUCUGUGAGAACCGGACUUGAAAACGUAAUACGCUGAAUGAGCAGUUUGACUGUAGUAUUUUUUUAUGUGUAAUUCACUACAUGAUUGACAGAAGAAUAGAUGAUUUGAUGGAGAGAAAUGACAGUUUAUGAGCACUGGAGUCAGUUUAAAAUGAAAAAAGAAUGAAAUGUAUUCUAGCACCAUGUACUGCACAGAGGAGUCCGUAGGUAAAUCCCAUUAAAGCACUUACCUAAUGACUUGAAAUCUUAUGUACCUCUUACUGUUCUGUAAACUCUUUUAAUUUGUCAUACAUGUUUAUUUAGGUUUGUACUUUUGAUGAGAAGACACAUUUUGUGCAUCUUUUCUUUGAUUUGUAUUUUUGAUUUGUAUUAAAUGUAAUGCUUAUUUCUGCCAGUGAGAUCCUGCACUUCUGAAUAUUGCAAUGCCAGAACAUGUUCAAUGUAGAAUAAAAGCAAUGAUUUUUA